AUGUGGUGUCAUCCGUUGAAAUACCUCUUCGUCUACCCAUUUCUACCGCUCACCAUAGCAAAAUUUCUAAACUUGUUCCUUCACGUCGAGAGUGUUGUUAUCUGGCAGUUAACCUCUCUCCAUCUCAACCAUUCAUUCAUUUCAUUUCUCAUUCCAUUUUGCGAUCUUGUCUCAAUCGCUUUUCUUUUGAUUUCUCUAUGGUUCACGGUGCAGAAAUUCUAUUGGAAAAAAGUGGAGUGUUGCUUCAGUUUGUGCGGUUUUUUUUUCAAUUUCAUCUCAUUGGCGGUAAUUUUUGAGUCAAAUUUUCAACAUGGAAUCAUCUACAAUAUUUUGUUCAACCAUCUCCUCUCGAUUUUCUCAUGGAUUUUUCUAUUAUGGUGGGCAUGGAUAAAAACAAAGAAUACUGUGUCGAAUCUUUUCAUUUCCGAGUGGGGAUUUGCCACUGAAAAUAUUGAAAUCGAGGCGCUACAAGAUCAUUUU